UGCUGUACCUUUUCGAUGGCAGGCAUUGCAUCUUGCACGUUGCACGGCACCUGCUGACGCGAGUAAACAAACUUGACGAUGCGCUUCAAGCCGGUUUGUGCGAUUUCUCGUGAAAAACGCGAGCCAGACUUGGUCCUGUCGGUUUUGAUCAAUCGUCAAUUGUGAUUCAUCGUUUCGGACGUGGAGCGGACGGUUCCUUCCACUCGGGGUGACUGGUGAGGUCGGUGAGGAUGAGCGUGCGGCAGUACAUCCAUCCGAGGAACAAGUAUAAACGACCGCCGGAUUACAAGCAGCUCGCGGUCAUGUAUCCGGAGUUCCGCGAAAUCGCGAUAAUGGACUUUGUGGGAAAGGUUAGGAUCGACUUCAAAGAGAGGAAGAGCCUGCACGUGCUUACGGAGACACUUUUGAAGCAUGAUUUUGAUCUACAUGUGAACAUCCCGGCGGAUAAUCUGAAUCCGGCGAUUCCCCUGCGCUUGAAUUAUAUUCUGUGGAUGGAAGAUUUGAUGACUCAUUCUAAAUUAGAGAUGGACAAAGUCACGGGCAUCGACAUCGGAACAGGAGCAGUUUGUAUAUACGCUCUGUUGCUGGCAAAAAUCUACAAAUGUCAAGUGAUUGGUACCGAAGUGAAUGAGAGAAGCAUGGAGCAUGCCCAGAAAUGCGUAAGGAGGAACGAAUUGCAAGAUUUAAUUGAAAUAAUUACAGUGAACUCCGAUAAAAUUUUUAAGGACGUGGUACAGACCGAUAGAGUUUACGAUUUCUCAAUGUGCAAUCCGCCGUUUUUCGAGAGCGAGGACAACGGCUUCGAAAAAAUCGUGAAGGUUCUGCCACCGAGAAAUGCGUCUACCGGAAAUGAUGGCGAGCUGAAGAUCGAGGGUGGCGAAGUGGGCUUUGUGACGAAGAUGAUCGAAGAGAGUGUUGAAGUGGGAGAUCGAAUAAAGAUCUACAGCACAAUGAUCGGUAGGAAAGCCGAUCUGGUCAGUUUAAGACGAUUGCUAAGAUCAAAAGAUAUAAAGAAUAUGACGUGGACGGAAUUCUGCCAAGGGCACACAACACGAUGGGGUUUGGCUUGGAGCUUCCUACCGCAAAGUAUUGUGAAUCUCACUACAGCACCUGUCAUCAGAAAACGCGGAAAGUCCAUAGUGCAAUCGUUGAGAAAUUAUAAAACUUCGAUAACGUUUCCCGUGGAGGAUAAAUUUUCUUGCGUAGAUGAUAUAAUAAGCUUCUUGAGAUCAACGGCGGAAGAGUUAAACGUCAAAUUGCAAGAUUUACCCGUUCCUGAGGACAGUUUCGACGGCUGGGCGUGUCAAGUAACUGCAAGAGAAAGAUCAUGGGAGCAUACGCGCAGAAAGCGGCGUUUAGCGCAACAGAUUGUAUUAAAACGAGCGAAAGGUGAAGAUGGCGAGUGUAUUGAAGCGAAUACGUGCGCUGAAGAAACUUCGAAAACUGAGAACGUCACGACGGUCACGACGAAUCCGCACGAAGAAAAUUCUGAUAAAGAAAUACCUGACAAAGACGUCCCUCUGCUUGUUUGUAAGCUCUGGGUAGAGGCUGAAAGCCUUGAUGAUUCUCAGGAUGUAAUUACACAAUCUGACGAGAUACUCAGGAUGUGGAUGGUGUUCGAAAAUGGGUAUGGCGGUUUGGACGCGUUACAUUCGCUGCGACAGUACCUGAUAAACAAACUGGGAGUGAGGGAGAAGAUUCUAGAUAAUCCGUCAAAAUUUAAGAGAAAGAAAAAGAAGACAAAAGAGUCGCUGCUCUAGUCGUAAUCAGGCGGUAGAAAGGAUUCAGCGUACAAUAAAUAGGUUGCAGAAAAUUCUGAAGGUUCUUAAAUUAGAUCGCCAUGUUACAUAUAAAACAAUUUAUUCCAUGCAACAUGUUGAAGAAAAUCUGUAAGGAUAGUAAUGUAUGUCUACAGGAUCAUAGUAUAUGUAAACCAAGUUUGUAACGUUCUUUUUAUUUUAUGAUAUAUGUGAAGUUUUGUAAUUUUAUUUAUAUAAU